AUGCUUGAGCCAACUGAAGGCCUCUCGCCGAUGGAUGAAGUGGAGGAGCUGUUUAAUUCUUUAGGCAAAGUUCUUGCAAAUGCGGGAACUAUAGAUUUUAUUCUUCUGCGCCUGGAUCCGGAAUACCCCUUGGAAACCGCAGCUGAGGUCAAAGAUCCUUGUGAAGUAUCUAGUCUCGACGAAGUUGAAACUAGCUUGUUGUGGGGCAUGCUCAGAGCUCUGCAGAUGUUGGAUGACCCUGCGUUAAACAAACGAACUCCAUCAAGUCAAGCUCUCAGAUGUCUAAGUAAAUGCCUUCAUUCUGUUGUACAAGAUGGUUAUGUGCCAGGAGCCAUUUCUCUCAUGAGUUUAGUAUUACUUGCAUUGCAUCUUUUCCCUGAUUUACCAGUUGUUGAAGCAGGCUUGGCUGAUGAUAUAGCAAUUCUCACUGUGGCCAGUGAACUAAAUAUGAAUGAGGAAUGGACCAAAACAUUUCUUGUGGAUAGGACACGUGAAGCUUUUGAACUGAAACGACUUCUCCUUCUCUCAAUUUGCUAUCUGGCACAACAAAAUGAUGCAAUUGAGAUUUUGAGAAAGAGAAGAGUUAUAAUUGGACUGCUGCGAAUGGCAGAACCAAAUGCCAUAGAAUUAUCUCAAUGGCACCAUACUUUAUCUACAGCUUUGGCUGACUUGGCUUUACAUGCACUUAUUGCCAUUUCAGUGACAGCACCUCUUGAUUUAGUGAAAUGUGGAGGUCUUUCUUACUUUCUACUCGUAGUUGAAAGUUUUACUACUGCUCAGAUUGAUACAGAGAAAUUACUUGCCUGUUUCACUGCUUUAUAUUAUAUUUCUUGCUUUAAAGACAAGUAUUUUCUGCAAGAAAUUAAUGAUACUGGAGCAAUAUGUAUUAUUUUACGAUUUUGUCAUAGUUUGUUGAGCACGCCCGACUUUCAAUUUGCACAACAACGUGUCCUGACAAAGGCUUUCAUUGUACUUAAAGUAUUAUGUAUGAAUAAUAUUCAAGAAAAAGAACGGCAUGGAGGAAUCAUUAUUAAAAUCCUUCACCUAUUUUUAAAACUAGUUUUGUCAACUAAUUCAUCAGAAGAACUUUUUCCUGUAGAUGAUAAAGAACAAUGGUUCCAAACAUAUUCAGGCAAAGUAGACUAUAACACAAGCCCGGCAAUUCUUGAUAUGUAUGCAAGUGCUCGCCCAAAAAUAUAUGCAAUGGUCAAGCUAAUAAAAAACCGAUAUCAAGAAAUAACUCAAGAAAUUGAGGAAUUUUAUCAUGCCCACAAUGUUCUUAAAAAAAAAGAAGAGAUCACUAUGGAACUGGCUGACAAGUAUUUAGAAAUGAAAAUAAAAGAAGUAUGGAAUGAAAUUACACUAGAUCUUGCUAGUGCAUUUAUUGCUCCUACAGAUUCUGAUAAUAGCAUGAUGAUGAUAUUAAAUGACAAAUUACUGCAUUUGACUUAUCAGAUUCAAAAGCAGCAGCACAAAUUAGUUCAAGACAUCAAAAAUAAGGAACUGAAGGAUGAGAAAAAUCUAUAUGAUUUAGUAGAAGGAUCCAAUGCAGUAGAAGAAAGUGAAACAAUGAAAGAACUAGAAACAGUGGCAUGUGCAAGUGAUCCAUUCUAUAUGAAUGCUGUUAAAGAACUUGAACGACAGCAAAUAUCAACUAUAUUUCCAAUAAAUGUGCCUCUUUCACAGUGCUUCAGUUCUUACACUUCUGAUCUUCUAUGCAAGAUUAUUCUUCACCAACAUUAUAAUGUAAGAUGUCGUAAAGACUAUGGACUGAAAAACACAGGAUUUGUGGAGAGCUUGGACACAACAGAAUCAUCCAAGUCAUCAUUCCUGGAUUCAAAGACUUCAUCUGAAGCAUCCCAAUCAAUUGGAAGCAAUAGUGAUUUAUUCUAAAGGAACAUCAUAACUCAAUUUCCUCUACAUUUAAAGAACAAUCAAUAGCAAAAGAAGAGAAAUUACAAACAGAAAAUAUUAUUUUAAAAACACAGAAUGGUGAGUUGACAUUUCAUGAUGAUCUUCAAAUACAUUAGUUUGGACUUCUUAUAAAGCAUGACAACUUCCAGGAUUUAUAGUGAUUUUUGUUUGAACUUUGUAUGCAUAAGAAUGAAACAAGGGAGAUAAUAUAUAACUUUUUAAAAAGCAACAAUAC